UCCCCACCAUGGCAUCACGUCUCCUCCCCGCUCUGCCUCUUCGCCUCCUGCCGGUCUCUCUUCUCCUGCUCCUCCUCCUCCUGUGCCUCCUACACGUGACUUCCAGCUCUUCCAUCCACAGCCGAGAGGAAAAUGCACCGAGAAAAGACGGAAGGGAAAGAAUGAAGGAUGAAGGGAUGGACGGAAAAGACAUGAAAGACAAAGAGAUGAAUGGCAAGGAUGACAAGGAGAUGUGGAAGGGGAGAAUUCCAAUACGACCUUUAAUGAAACCCUCCUCUCCUUACCCUUCUGACACUAGAGCCUCUCCCGCCUCUCCUUCUAUGCUGAGGGCGCUUCACUCUUCCUUCUCGCGAGAGGUCAUGAAGGAGGGAGACAGGCAGGAGGAGGAAGGAAUGGAAAUAAAGGAAGCGGAGACUCUGGAAAAGAAAGAGGAGGGAGAGAAACUGACAGAAGAGAAACAGGAUGAUGAUGAUUGUGAUGAUGAUGAAGAAAUGGAAGGGGAGGAGGAAGAGGAAAGCCACGCAAAAUCACAGAACAACAGCGAUGGGGAAGACGCGUUUAUAGAGAUGGAAAUGGAUAGUGAAGAGAUGAGAGAGGAGAGAAAGAGAAAACAUCAAGUAAAGGAGGAAUAUGAGGAGUUGAAAUCAGAUGACGUGUUGACGAAUAUGAUGGAAAUGGAUGACGAGGAAGAGGAAGACGAAAAGGAGGAGGAGGAAGAGACUAAUGGGAGAUUCUCUAGCUCUCCCUUCCACCUGCCUUCUAUACUCAAUGUGAUUCAUGACUUCAGGUACCCGACGGUGCGGCGCGGCGAGAAGGAAGGGGAGGAGGUGGUGCUUUUGCAGGAUGGGCGACCCAUGGACACGCGCCCUCUGCAUCUGCGGGGCGAGUCUUCUAGCGGCGGCGGCAGUGUUGGCGUCGAUGAGUGUGGGCGAGUCUUCACGGAGCUCAGUGGUCUCAUCACUUCGCCAAACUUUCCCUUCAACUACCCGAACAACGCCCAGUGCGCCUACUACAUCUCGUUGCCGUCCCAGUACACCAUUGCUCUCGACUGCAACGACUUCUCCAUUCAACCGGGCGACAAGAACUGCGAGAACGACUACCUGCUAAUUACCGAGGAUGGCCAGGUGGACGGGGAGGGAGUGACAAGGUACUGCGGGGACAAGGCACUCUCCCUCUUCACCUCUUCAUCCAACAUGACGCUACUCUUCGUCGCCGACAGCUCUUACAGGUACCGCGGCUUCACCUGCAGAUACAGAGCGAUCAACCCGGACGGUACAGGAGCUGUGCCCGCCGUCAUCACCAACACCACAGAGGAACACCACACCGUCCUCUGCACCGGCCCUGGAAACGACGGAUGGUCGGGGAAGUGCGGGGUGGAUGGCGGGCCCGGGGCAACCAGAGUAGUGGGCGGCCAAGUAGUGACAAAGCACCAAUUCCCGUGGAUGGUCGCGGUGCUGAAAGUGUGUGGCCGCGAGGAGCAACACUACUGUAAUAUCUGCGGGGGCACCGUCAUUAGCCGCCGCUGGGUGCUGACAGGCGCACAUUGCGUGGUGAGCAUCCCAGUAGAGAAGCUUGGUCUGCUGCUCGGGGACCACAACCUCUACACCCUGACACCCUCGCAGAAGUUCUUCCUGGUGGCCGCAGUCUACAUCCACCCAGACUUCAACAUGCCAUCACCUCUCAACAACGACUUGGCGCUUGCCUUUCUGCCUCAGGAGAUGGCCUUCAACAGCUACGUGGCGCCCAUCUGCCUGCCGCCCAGAGACUAUGAUGCCCUGUCCCAACUCUUGCCGGACGCCGCGCCGCAGGAGGCCUCCACCACCACCAACACACCCACCACAGCACCCACCACGGCACCACCCAGCAGGAGGAACGUAGCGGCGGAGGUGUCAUCAAGGCAAGAAGGGACACCCGCGCCCUCAGAGUUGAUGCAUGAAGUCCUGACGGGGCGCAAUGUAUCUAUCUACGGCUGGGGCAUCAUUGACGAUGACGAGACUCCAGCUCAGCAGCUGCGUGGGGUGUCUGUGGAGGUGCUGGACAACUCUGUGUGUCGCUACUACUACGGUGACCUGGUGACUGACUUAAUGAUGUGCACUUCGGGCGAGGGAGGCACCGGACCGUGCAGGGGUGACAGCGGCUCACCAGUCCAGAUACAAAUGGAGGACGGCCGCUGGGUGCAGUUGGGUAUCCUGGCCUUCGGUGCCGCCUACGGGUGUGAGGCCGGCUACCCAUCAGGCAACAUCCUCCUGCCGCCCUAUAUCAGCUGGAUCGAGGGAGUGACGGACCUGGACUUCGGACCUGAUUACUGAACUCCUUUCCUAACCUCACCUGACCUCACCUAACCCUUAGCCUUUCCUGACCUGCCCUGCCGCCCUGGCUAAAGAAGAUGCAGUCCUAUCUUGAUCCUGAGGCGUCCUUCUACCCAUCAGUGUUGCGUGGCGGCGAGGGAGGAGACGGAGAGCAGCUGAGUUGGUUUGGAUAAGGGACCUUUUUCUAAAACACUUCUGCCCACGCCUCUUCUAUUUUCAAAAGGUUCUACUUGAAGUGACACGGGUUUUAAGGGUGUUUUUACGGUUCUAUUGACAGAUUAAGAUGAAUUCUACUUUGUUAACAGGAGAAACAGUCUUGAGAACCCGAUUAAUGAUCUCAGUGGCCUUGGAAAAUAGUCGUGGUGAGAGAGCAAAGGGUUUCUGAAAACGGGUUGUGUAUUAGGAAGACAUUUAAGGCCGAGCUGGUGACGAGUCAAAGUUAUCUUUUUCUAGCUGAAAUCUUUACACGAGGCAGAACAUUACGAGUCAAAUGUUACAGGAAAGGGACAAAAAAUUGUAUACUUAAUGGCGGGGUGAGUGCGUUUGGUGCGUGUUGGCGUGUGGGUUUGUAUUGCAUGCUGAAUAAUAAAAAAA